GUUGCUAUUUGCUUCCCUUUCUUUGUGUCUGGGGGUUUGAAGGUGGAGCCACAUGGACUUCCCUUCAAUCUCCUUCAGUUAACAAAUCUUGUGUCACAGUAAGGUCCUCUGAAGUUGAUACCGUGGCUUUUAUGAGUACCAUCUCUCAGGCUCUUGCUGUUUUCUGAGGAGCAAAGAUGUUGCAGAUCCAGAACCUGGUCUGUCUGUGGACUCUGUUCUUCACUCUCUGCAGCCAAACAUGGUGUCACAUCGAGUUCUUGGAGAAGCGUGAGGGUGAGUCUGUGGUCCUCCCCUGUCUGGCCGAGCAGAGCAACUCCUCACCCAUCGCUGUCACCCUGAAGCGCAGCUGGCGGCGUCACACCAACGUGCUCUUCAUGUACAGCAACAGCAAGUUCAGUGUGCACAACCAAGAGGAUGAAGGUCGCAUCAGUGUCAGUGGUGACCCGAGCAGUCGCAGUCUGAAUGUCACCAUCAGCCAGCUGAGAGCAGGCGACACUGACCGAUACUACUGCGAGUUUGUGGAGGAAGUGCCUUCAUCUUUGGACAUAAAAAAACGGGGCAAGAUGGAAUUCUUCCUGCUUGUUGUUGUUGGUGGUGAUGCUCCUGACUCAGUCGACAUAAAGGGGGUGGAGGUGUGUGCCGGGGACUCUGCUCUGCUCCUCUGUCUUCCCCCACAUGGGGCGGGCACAGCUGUGGAGGGGGUGAGUCUGAAACGGCAGCGAGGCCAAGCACCCAUGGAGGUGUUGUAUGACUCCAAGCAGCACCACAGCACCCCGUCUCCAUCCUCCUCACUGUUCCCUGCAGAGAGGAUCCGGCUGUCCUCGGCACCCGGCCCCACCGGCAUCACCUACAGCCUCACCGUGCAGCAGCUGCAGCCGGGCGACAGUGGCCUGUACAGCUGCCAGCUGCUGCACUCAGGCACACCCGACACCAGCAGCAGCCUUGGGAAACAAGUGUACUUUGUGUCUGUGCAAGGAGGUCCAUGCAGUUGCUCCCGCUACUCCUUCCUGCUGUACGUUCUCUCUGCAGCUGUGGCCAUCCUCUUCGUCCUCCUUGUAGUACUGGUGCUCAUUUGUCGUGCCAAAGGUCGCCACACUGGCAAAGCACACGUCCAAGCUCCAAUCUACGAGGAGAUGUCCGGGGUGCAGCCUCUCAGAUCCAAACUGGUUUCUCAUCUGGAGGAAACAGAUGGUUCAGUGUACAGAAACUGCAGUGUGAAGAAACCCUGUCUAGAGAACCAUUACGAAACUCCCAUCAGCUCCACAGGCAACAACCAGAAAUGAAACUUUGGAGCUUCUCACGAUCAUUAUAGCAUGAAUUCGUGCAGCUUCAGAAAACCCGCUAGACUCGGACAUCACGUAGCACCCUGGAGACUCACAGUUUCCCUGCUAUAGCUUGUUUGUAACACCAAGUUCAGACCACAUGACUGACCUCCAUCGUACUGUGACGCCGUCACAUUGAUCCUGAAAAACUCGGAUUCAUACAGAAACCUGUCAUAUGUUAAAGAUCUAAAACAGUGUUACUGUAUUUUAGAUAUUUUUUCUUACAGCUGUAAGGUUCUGACAUCAUCGUUGGUCAGUUAUCUUUUAUAUACGAUACUGGACAAAACUUUGAGAUUGUCCUUGUGGAACUGGAGUUGCCACAAAACAGCAUCUGUUGUAAACUCAAGUCCAAAAUUACUGCAGCAACUCCAAACAGGAGCAACCGAAAGACACUGCAAAGAUUGUAGGCACAAAUUUGCCUAAAAUGUAAAAACUUAUUAAAUCUUAGCAAAGAUUUUUUUUUAUAUAAAUUAGUUUAAAAAAAUUACCACUUUCAACCCAUUUUAUUUGAUGAUUGGCAGCUUUUUCUUCUUACACACUCAAGUGGAUGCUUACAAAAACAUUGUUUAUUGUUUUUAAAAUUAAAAUUAAGGAUUGUAGUUUGAUAAGUGAUUCGUUUGAGCUGGUGAAAAAAAAAGACCCCACAUCAGCCUUUUGUUGAAAGGUGAAUAUUUGGACAUUUUGAUUUUAGCUGAACCAGUGGUGAUGAAACAGUUAUGAGUUACAGUCACACUAUACUUUUAAUGCUCCUUUCCCCCAAAUUAGAGAUAUAGUCCCCUCCCAUAAUAUUUCUGCUUAUUUGAUGUGAUUAAAGAUAUGACUGUUGUCCACUUUCAGCUUUAAUCCAAUGGGUUGAGCAGAAAAUGAAGCAUUAAAAUGUAGCAUCACCCUUUUUAGAUUUACAACCAAUGUUAAUUCACUCCUGAUUUCACUGUGCCCCCCCCCCCACACACACACACAUUCUUGUUCAGAUUAA